AUGAGCAAUAAAGUCAAUGAGCCUCAACGAAAAGAACCCAGCAAGUGGCAGGUUGGAUUGGAGCGGAUUCUGAAAAAGAUUCAACGACGGAAACGGGCCCCCUCCAACUUGGUAUGGUAUGCGACACACUCGACAGAGUCUUACUUAUCAGGAACGACAUUUGAUUUUCAGUCGGGUGUAUUGACGAGCGACGUUGAUCCAGAAGCAGAGGAGUUACAUUUUGGACGCGAUCAGCCACCUCGAUGGGUCGUCAAUUCUUUGCAAGACAACGACCCGUUCUUUAGCGACGACACUGUAGACUUGAUGCUGGGGCUUCGCGACUACUUGGUCAAGGCAACAGAGGAUGGAUGGGACAUUGCAGAACUGAAGGAGGAGAUUUUUCCCAUUGAAUCCAAGUCCAUAUUUCAAAGUCGCAGGAACCGAUCUGUGUCGCCACAUGGUAGUCCUCAUCGAACAUCACCAAUCAUCCGCCCAUCUGCACCAGAAUCACCAGGAGCAGCAUCACAAGAUUCAGGAGCGACUUCACGACGUGAAUCGAGGGGGUCGCUCGAUUUUGAAUACAUUUCUCAGCCAGCUGCUGACCGCUACGCCGACGAAGAAGCAGGGUCGUACCGGUUACUGGACUAUUUCAUGGCAAAUCUAUCCGAUGUCAUUUCUCACGAUUGUCACUACAAAAUUCAGCAUCCUCGCCCAUCGCGUCCAGAUUGGAUCCUCCACUCGAUUGUACUCGACAUCCUUCUUUAUUUCUCAAAAGCCUUGGCACAUGACCACAAGGCCAUGUACGAUAUCGGCAUGUUAGCCCUAUCUGCAUUCCCCGUCUUCGAGAACAACUGUCUCAUUCGCCUCCUGAAUCUUCUGACGGAUAUGAUCUUGCCGUCGUUCGCCCUCGCUCGGUCACAAUCUUUCGGAUCUUCGCAAAGAUUACCUUCGAUGGCGCCCUUAAAACCAACCUCCCCGCUAUCGCCAUCCGAAAUCCGAGUUCAGCUCGAUAACAACCAGACAUUCGCUAUUCAGGUGCAUUCGCCUACAGAGGAGCAAGGAAUGUUAGCUGUUCCUCAACGAGGGGAACAAUUCAUUAGUUCGCUCGGUUCGCCUCACAUACCUAGUUCUAGAUCAAGUUCGACAUCCCUCUCAAGAGCAAGUCCAGGACCUACAACCCAAGCUCAGGACACCAUGGAUAAGCACGCCAGUUCUCUCAUUUCGCUCACUCUCCUGGCUGUACUCCAACAAAUAUCCUUUUCGAAAUCACCACUUCCCGUUGUCCAACAGCUUCAAAAAUCGAUGGGCGACUUAUUACGGAUAAAACCGGACCUCUCAGUGGACUUGUUGGAGGUGAUUACGAUUGUCGAGAACGAGAAGGUAGUGCGCCAGGCGUUGGAGGUCAUGUGGUGGAUCGGCAUGCCAUGCUUGGGACAUCAUAUUCUUGGCGAGAAGUUUUAUCCGCUCGACUAUGAUUCCGUAUUGUUCAUGCGGCAGAGUCUUCAGGAGUGGCAAGGCGCGGAGACAAUGGGUGCUAUAACACGGAACAACACUGUAAAAUCGGACACUGUGUUUUCUUUUCGAAAAGAUUUCAUAGACGAGCACACGACACCCAGGAAUGACGCUUCAGCCAGGAACAACUCUGUAGGAAGUUUCGGGAUUCGGUCCAAGCGUUCAUAUCGAUCUGUAUUACCAUGGAAAACCGCCAACGGAGCAGAAUCUAUACCCUUAUCUGGUUCACUACCACAACAAUCAAACAAUUCUGCAACCACGGGCGCGGAUUUUCUUGCGGAUCAUGAGCUAUAUCCAUACAUGUUUUCUUCACCGGAUAUCGAGGACGACGACGCAAACAAUAUAACCCACUGCGAACGAUGUGAGUUAAACAUGAAGGGCUUCGGACUUUACUGUUAUCACUGUCGGGGGGCGCUCCAUUUGGAGUGCUUCUACUCCAUCAAAAAAUACGCAGGCGUCGACUGCAUGCAGCUGGGCUGUGCAUUGGAUCUUGUCUCGAGACGGUCAAGGAACCAGCUCAUCUAUCCGCUCGAGAAUUGCGGGAACAAGAGUCAUAUCGACAUGACAUGUCGCAUAAGGGCCGGUCAUCAACUUCAGCUGGUGAAUUUGUUUUCAACCUGUUUAUGCGCCGCGUGCAAGUUGCCUCUUUGGGGUCUCCACUACCAGGCGUAUCGAUGCCAAGAAUGCUCACAGUUGAUGCAUGCGGAGUGCAAGGGUACCGUUCAGGACUGUGGAGUAACGUCGCAGCCACUCACUCUUCGCCAUUCCUUCCCCACUCAAAUAAGCUAUGGCGAUUUAAAGCAGAGUUUUCAGGAGUUUUUUCGAGAGCUCAUCGCUAUCUGGGAGACCUAUCAUCCGACGGCGCCGUUAUCUCCAGCAACGCCAUCAUCUACUCAGUCUAAGGAUCGGUAUUCGUACGAAGAGGCGAGCUGUAACGCCAGCACAUUGACAUUGCAGUUGGAAGUCUUCAAGGCAGGAAUCGCGCGUGGAGAAAUUCAGGUGCAAGAAUGGGUUCUGGAAGGGCAGAUCACAGACGAAAGCUGCAUAGGGUCGAGUGGGUUUGAGCUGCUGACCCUUCAGAAGCAUUUCGUAGAUCUCGUACGACUCUUGCGACUCCCUGGCCAUUCAACAGCGCCCACAUUGUUCUUAUCGGAUUUCUUCGAGGACAAGAGACCUGACCCUCUUCUGCUCUUUUCGUGUAACUAUUGGAGCCACUUUGCUGCUCUGGCGAAAACCAUGAUCAAGGACGCAGAGGCAACUCGAUUGAGUUAUAGCCACGAUCCCUUUUCACCCCCUGCUGAGGAUGUUUUGCAAGGGGAUAUCUUUACAACCAGUCCGGAUACAGGGCAGGAUCAGUUACUCGCAGGACUCUCGGCUCAAACGAGCCAUGUAUCAUUGUCGACUAUCUUCCGAUUCUGCAUGCGAAGACUUUGUUUUCACAGCACUUGGACGAUGCAACUAGUCUUACAAGAAUGGGUCAAGAUCGGAUUGCUGGAGCGUCUCGAUGGAGAGCUGUGUCUUUUUGAGAAUGCGGUACAGGAUCCAGCUUUUUCACCACCCGCGGCAUCACUCUUUCCCCAGUUCACUACUGGUAUUGCACCCGGCCUUCCAACAUUUCAGACAUCGUACUUUGACAGCAUCAAUGGCGAGAACGGCGUUAACAAUAGCUGUAUUCACACUCCAACAUUUCGGAACGUACAUUGCCUCUUCUCCAUGGCCACCGCCAUCGAUCCUACCCCAGAUGUCGAGAACCUGAUUCAUGCAAUUUGGCGUUGCCUAAGCAGUGUCGAUCUGUCUGUGAAUGAGUGCGGCUUCUUACUUUUGUCACGGCGAUGCUGGCCGGACCCAUUCAUGUCGCAAUACACGACCGAGCGGCUACUAGGAUGUGUCUUCCAUUGGCUUUUACUGGAAGACAGUCAUUUGUUUGAUAUCCACAAGAACUAUACAUCCAAGGGUAAACGGAUCCCAGGUGUCAGGAGUGAUUUGGAGGAACAGAUAGGCAUGAGGCGUACAGCCUUGAGCGCUAACAACCGGCCUCCCAGACUUGGUGGUCCAGCGGAGAGUUCGACUGCUGCAAUUGGGGCUACAGCGGCAACCGAAACCAGUGGCAAUACUACUAGCUCUCUGACGGCGGUGACGGGCGGUACGAUUUUGAGCGCGACCGGCAACUCGAGGAGCAGCUCUGCGAACUCGAGUCUCUUUGGAACAGUUGGUUCGUAUGUCAUGACAAGGAAGCUGAUGGCAAAGAAGUUUGCAUUGCCAUGGCUGAAGAAAGUCAUGAAUUUGGACCAGGAGGGGUACGUGGACAUGACUUACCGACAAAUCCGUAUACUGGAGAGAGAGAUGGCUCCUGAAAUGAAAGAGCAGUACGUUUCAAAGGAGGAACAGGAGUCAUACUGA